ACCGAUUCAUGUGUACGGUUAUCACCGGUAAAGAUUGCGAAACUGUCAAAGAUUUAUUUUGAUUUUUACAAAAACUUGUUGACGAGAUAAUUAUGGAAAUAGGGAAAUCAUUCUACGAUUUGUGUGUGCCGUAUACAAAGGAUCAUGACGAAUUGUGCAGAAUUCUACAGGAACUCUACGAAUACGGAUAUCGCACUGUCGCCAUAGAUCAACCAUUCGAUCAUAUCAAAGAAGCGAAGAAAUCAAGUGACAUAUUCCCGGUACCAGUUCCAUUAGAUGAAUUCAGGGAACAAUUCAAAAACAAACUGAAAAUUUUGAAUAGAAUCACGAUCACCUACUCUGAUUCCGUCAUAAACCAUGCCAUGAACAAUUCGCAAAACCUGAAAAAGUACAACAUCAUCGCCGGCAUACCGAAAACCGAUCAGGCCAUGCAACAUUGUUGUUCGACAUUCCUUGGCGACAUUGUCGGAAUGAAUCUGGACGAUGGUGCCCGAUCCGUUAUCGUCAAUCACAAAUACUAUCAAUUGGCCGUUCGGCGUGGCAUGGGCUUUGAAGUCCGGUAUUCGCCGAUGAUCGUUGACUCGAACCAACGGAAGGAGAUCCUAACGAUCGGCCAUACGUAUGCGUCGCAACGGAAGUCAAAGAAUAUCAUCAUUACCAGUGGAGCGACGAAAAAGUUUCACGUUCGGAGUCCGUAUGAUAUUGCGAAUUUGGGACUGAUUUUCGGAUUAAGUGAAGAGCAAUCUAAAGCGGCAAUUUCACACAUAUGCCGUUCGCUGCUUCUGAGAGCCGAGGCAAGAAGGUACGGCAAAACCGUCAUGACAGUAAAGAUUGCCAACAAAUCCGCCAAAUCGGACACCGAUGACGAUGAUGAUGACGAUUCGGAUGAUGAUACGGACGAUGGUAUGCAAAUGGAUGUGUCAGAGGAACGGGACGUAGUGGCGGUGUCGGAUGAUAGUAGCAGUGUUGAAUUGGUCACACAACCGAGUAAAAAGAAGAAAUUAAAUUGAAGUUUGUGCUGGGCAAAGAA